AGGCCCAAGGCGGCUGCAGCGCUCGCCCCAGAAAGCGAUCCACCUCCAUCCCGGACGCCAGAGCCCUCCCAUACCCCUCAGAAAGCAAGCCCGGCUGUCAGAUCUCGCGAGGCUUGGCGAUGUCUCGCGAUAACUGGGCUGAGACCGCUGCUGCCUUGGCUACCAGACUCCUCAGGUGGCAGCGCUAGUAGCCGCGCUACGGAGGCCGGGUUGCCAGAUGACGGAAGAGUAUUUAAGAAGCUCAUGGAGUAAUAUGAAUCAGAGUAAUACAGGAUCUGGAGGAAGUCCUUCAAGAGAGUUGGAAAAGAAGACUUUCUAGACUCUUCAUCAAGUUCUUCAUUUACACAGCUGUUAAAUCCAAGGCUACUGUGGUGAAAGCAUGAAUAAAAAUACAUCUACUGUGGUGUCAUCUGGUCCACUUGAAAAGGACCCUGCCUUUCAGAUGAUCACGAUUCUGAAGGAAACAGGUCUUGGUCUGAAGAUCCUAGGAGGAAUUAAUCGGAACGAAGGUCCAUUGGUUUACAUACAGGAAAUCAUUCCUGGAGGAGACUGUUCUAAGGAUGGACGUUUGAAGCCAGGAGACCAACUUGUUUCAGUGAACAAGGAAUCUAUGAUUGGAGUAUCAUUUGAGGAAGCAAAAAGCAUAAUUACUAGAGCCAGAUUGAGGUCAGACUCUGUUUGGGAGAUAGCAUUCAUAAGACAAAAACGUGAUGGCAGUCAUUCAGAAAAUCCAUCCUGCGCAUCCCUUCUACAUGCUUCAGGAGAAAAUGGGCCUGAAGCCUCAACAUUUAGCAUUCUUUCUUCUCCCCCUGAAAUGCUACUUCCAAAGACGUCGUCUACUCCCAAAACUCAAGAUGCCAUUUUACCUUCUUUUAAGACAAAAACUGGAUACAAGAAAGCAGAAUAUACUUCAGUUACUUCUUCAGACAACAACCCUACAGAUAUAUCUAAUUCAGAUACUGUUGCUGCCUGGACUGAUAAUUAUGGGCCACAAGGAAAGAAGAUUUCCCUAAAUCCCUCUGUUCGCUUGAAGGCAGAGAAACUGGAAAUGGCUCUAAAUUAUCUUGGCAUUCAGCCCACAAAGGAACAACAGCAAGCCCUGAGAGAGCAAGUACCAGCAGACGCAAAGGGGACAGUGUCUUUUGGAGAUUUUGUCCAGGUUGCCAGAAACUUAUUUGCCUUGCAGUUGGAUGAAGUAAAUGUUGAUACACAUGAAAUUUCAAACAUAUUAGAUUCACAGCUUCUUCCCUGUGAUUCUUUAGAAGCAGAUGAAAUGGAAAAGCUUCAGCAUGAAAGAAAUGAUGCCUUGGAAGAAGUGAACACACUCAAGGAAAAACUGUUUGAAUCAGAAAGGCAAAGGAAGCAAUUGGCAGAAGAACUCCAGAAUGUAAAACAAGAAGCCAAAGCCGUAGUUGAAGAAACAAGAGCUCUGCGAAGCAGGAUUCAUCUUGCUGAAGCUGCACAGAGGCAGGCCCACAGAAUGGAAAUGGACUAUGAAGAAGUGAUCCGUCUGUUAGAGGCCGAGAUGGCAGAGCUGAAGGCUCAGCUUGCUGAUUAUUCUGACCAAAAUAAAGAAAGUGUUCAGGAUUUAAGAAAAAGAAUCACAGUACUUGACUGCCAGUUGCGGAAAUCAGAAAUGGCUCGAAAAGCUUAUGAGGCAUCCACUGAAAAACUUCUUCAUUUUGUAGAGGCCAUUCAAGAAGUAUUUUCUGAUAAUUCUGCUUCCUUAUCAAAUUUAAGUGAACGAAGAGCUGUGUUCGCUUCUCAGACUUCCCUGACACCACUGGGAAGGAGUGGGAGAAACAUGCCCGCAACCCUCCUGCUUGAAUGUAAAGAACUGGUUAAAUCUGUCCGCGCCAUACUUGAUAUGGACUGCUUACCUUAUGGGUGGGAGGAAGCUUACACAGCAGAUGGAAUCAAGUACUUCAUCAAUCAUGUAACACAGACCACAUCCUGGAUCCACCCCGUGAUGAGUGUCCUGAACCUGUCCUGCUCAGAGGAGAAUGAAGAAGAUUGCUCCAGAGAACUUCCUGACCAGAAAAGUUGACGGUAUUCUGUAGGAAGUGGAGCCCUUACGAUCAUCCAGUACCCGGUCUUCAAGUAUGCCUUGAACAGGAACACGGAGCACCCAGCUCUGAAAUGCAACAGUCUAAAAUAGAGGUUAAACACAUACUCCUCGUUGAAGUGUGAAGUGGAGACUCUGGACUGAGGGUGUUCUUGUUAAACUUUUUGAUAUUACUAGGUAUGUUUAAAAAUCAAUUACCACUACACUAGCUGGUUAGGAAAAAUCGAGUCCUGUGUUUUGAAGUCACAUGCAAUUAGCCAUUGUCAUAUGUAUGCUUUUUUCUUAUAUAAUUAGAUCUUUAUAAUUUUAUAUGUAGCUUUUUAUAGAUACCAGAUUUUUUUAAGAAUUAUAUUGAAAAUUUUUGUGAACAUGCUGAAACACUUCAUUUACUUGAUAUUUCACUAAGCCAUUAUAUUCAUAUCUUAGGAAAGUGAUCUCAGCAAGCUUUGGGGGUUUAGGGAUCACAUUUACACAUCAAUCUCAUGGGCUACUGGAUACCGCUUAUGUCUUUAUGGGGUUUCUAAUUGACAAGAUGCUUUUCAUAGCUCAUUUUAUUUAAACCGUACAACGUACCUGUGAGGCUAAUCUAAUGGGUACUUUUUAAUUCUAAUUUUUCACUUAGGAAAAUAUUGGUUCAGAGAGAGGCAGCGCCCUGUCAGGGUAGAGACUCACAACUAAGUCUUCUGAUUCUACGUCCAGGCCCCUUUCUUCCCCACACCCUGCUGUCCUGCCAGAGACAUGCAGAGCACUGUGGUUCUGUUGAUGCAGCUGGCUGCACAGCUGUGCAUUCCAGACACUCAGAAGGCACCUUUUCAUUCAAGCGCGGCCCCUCCAUAACCCCACUCUUUUUCCCCUAGGAACCCUCCCUGCUUCUGCACCCCCAAACACUCACCAGGUAGGGGCCCCCUUCUGUGAUGUCAUUUCAUCAAGCGGCUUUCAGCAUCUCACAUUCUUCUAAAGUAAAGGGGCCAGCAUUGAUGAGUGGUUUGCCCUACUUAGGUUGCCCUUGCCGAAGGAGCAUUUGCAAGGAGUUGGUGAGAAGAGGGGUAUCCCUUAAAUACUGUUACUCUGCUUGACCUAAGACAGAGGCUUAGAGCCCUUUAAAUAUCAUGGAAGACUCAUCACCAUUUUAUGGAUGAGUGAACCGAGACACCAAGAGCUCAUAGAGUGAGUUAAUGGCGAGGUCAAGAUUACACCUAUGUCCUGUGUCACUUAUUGCUGAAUUGUAUAUGUCCGUGUUCAUCUAUACAUUCCUGAAUAUAUUUAAAAUUUAGGACUUAAUGUCUAGAGGAAUAAUAAUACAACGUCAAAUUCAGAUUGACAGGCAGUCAUUAGCCCUGAGAAAAGUUUCAGAAUGGAUGGAGAGGACUUGUGUUUGGCCUGACAGCUAUUUGAAUAUUAAGAAGCCUCAGGGAGACUCAUUUUGAGAGAAGUCCCCAGAGAAUGCUGUUUCCUUGCAUCCCCCAGAGGUGAGUAGGUUCUCAGAUGCCUGGGGUUCCUUUUCUGAGUUAGUAUGUAUAACUGUGGAAGUACAGACUUUCUGUUGUUGCCAAAUUAAUGGUAUGACAUUUGCCUCCCCCUGCUAGGAAUGUUUUCUAAUUUGUUUCUCCGGUCACUUGAGAUCAAGGUCUGUGGGCACGUAUUUCACUGCCACCUCAUCUAUUAGCUGCUGUUUGCUACCACUUUUCUCCCUGUUGUACCGAAUACCUACUUGAAAAGUCUUAGGAAAACUGUAAUAUUUAUGGAGCGUUUUGUGCCAUACUGAUGAGGAGUUUGUUUAUAGCAUUUCAUUUUCUUCUUAAAACCACUCCAUGAGAUAGGAACUGUAAUUAACCUCAUUUUGAAAAGAAGAAACCUAAGUUUAGAGAGAGCGUUGUGAGUCCUGGCCUCAUGGUCACCUAGCACCUUCAUGUAGGACCUGGGGUUCACAGCAGGUCUGUAAUUCCAGAGCACAUUCUCAAAACCAAUAUGUAGAGCUCCUUAGAUUCAUGGUCUGUGGGUGAGUUUUAUAAAAUAGCAGAUACCAGUUCAGUGCCUUCAGGAACUUUCUGGUAGUUAGAGCUCAUCAAAACGUAAUUCUCAGGAGAGCAUGGAAGCACUGUUCCAUCAGAUUACAACUUAUCUGAACCCCUUGUUAUGGGAAUGUUGCUGAAGAGGUUCAGGAUAAUGGACCAGUUGGGAACAGGCUGAUUCCUUCCUCUUUAUACUUCUGUGACCUCUGCACCAAUAAGAUAAGAAUGUGCCUUAAAACACAGUCAAAGAAACAGUGGUGAAAGCUCUGUUAAGAAUCCUUUUCCAGGAGCCAGCGCUGUGGCACAGAAGGCUAGGCCUCCAUCUGUAGUGCCAGCAUCCCAUAUGGACGCCAGUCCACAUCCCAGCUGCUCCUCUUCUGAUAAGUUCUCUGCUUAUGGCCUGGGAAAGCAGCAGAAGAUGGCGCAAGUGCUUGGUCCCCUGCACCCACAUGGGAGACCUGAAAGAAGCUCCUGGCUCCUGGCUUCAGAUCAGUGCAGCUCCAGCUGUUGCAGCCAUUUGGGGACUAAAGCAGUGGAUGGAAGACCUUUCUGUCUGCCUCUUUCUCUCUCUGUAUUUCUGCCUCUCAAAUCAAUAGAUCUUUUUAAAAAAAUCCUUUUCCAAUGCAGAUAGAGCUCCCCAAGUUAUUGUUUGGUGACAUAUGCAAAGCUACUCUUUUUUUUUUACACACGAUAAUGCUGUCAGUAUGGGCAUCAUAAACUCUUUUCUGUUGCGCACUGACUCAGAUUGUAGGGCUAGAAUAUCUGAAUAUUAUUAUGUCCCCCCAUCCCACUUCCUUAGAGUAGCUAUCCUACUCAUUCAUUCCCUGAAGAUAUGCACUGGGCACCAACAGGGUGGCAGGUACUGUGGUAAAGUAGGACAGUAGCUCAUUUCCUGGGGUCUGCUUAAUGUUCCUUUUUUUUUUUUUAACAUAUUCUUAGGUAGCUGGAAUUAAGAAAGUUCUUUUUAAUUUUUGAAUUAUAAAAUAACCUAAUUUUGUUUUUUAAAAAAUGAAGCACUAUGAACAUGAAUAAAGUAAAAGAGUUAUCAUCUUAUUUUCCAGAGGUAGCCAUCACCAAUACUUAGGUGAAUAUUUUUACUCAAAGGAAAUCAUAUUGUUAAACAACUUGAUUUUCACUUAGUUAUUGUGGUCAUUUUAUGUCAAUACAUAGAUUAAUGUUAUAUUUUAAAUGUCUGCAUAAACUGUCACUACCAAGAUAACCCAUAAUUUGUGUAGCCAAUUUUGUUGAUGAACACAUAAGAUGUAUUAAAAUUUUUCUAACAGUGUCACACUAAAUCACUUUCCUUAUCUUUCUCUGCACUCUAGUGCCAAUAUGUCUGUAGUGUGAAUACAUUCAGAAAAUAAACCAUUAGGUCACAGUGUAGUCAAAACUAGGUGAAAGGUGCUUAUUCUAAUUUUGGUAGAAGAAUGGGCAUUUGGCACGUUAGUUACAAUGCCACUUGGGAAGCCCACAUCCCAUAUCUGAGUUUCUGGGUUCAAGUCCUGGCUUCAGUUCCAGUUCCAGCUCCCUGCCAUAAUGUGCACUGUGGCAGGCAGCAGGUCUGCAGGUGAUGUCUCCAUUAGUUAGGUCUUUGCCAUCUACAUCAGAGACCAGAUCUAAUUCCCAGCUGCCGGCAUUGGCCUGGCCCAGCAACAGUUGUGGACAUUUGGGGAGUGAACUACCAAAUUCAUUCUCUCUCUCUCUCUCUCUCUCUCUGUCUGUCUUCCAAAGAAAUAAAAUUUUAUAAAAAGAAAAAUCUGCAUUUUGAUAAGUUUUCAUAAAAAUUCUCCUACAUAGAAGUAGGACCAAUGUAUACAACCACCAGUAGUAUAUGAGAGCUUUUUUUCUAUAUGAGAGGACUGUUUUUAGUCUAAAGAUUAUAAGUAGCUUUUCUGAUUUUUUUUUAACCCAUGGAAGAGUAAGUUUUCCAUCAUGGCCCAAGAACCUGAGUUUUUUAUUCAUUAGGUUUUGAGUUUCCUUUAGCAGCAGAGACUGACUUGCUGCAUAUAGGGCAGUCUAACAGUGAGCAAUUCUCUAUAAGACAAAUUCACCUUUACUAUCAUCUUGUCCUACUUUAUGUAGAACAGUGAGGAGGACAAACUUUUAAGUGAGCUACCUUGGAUGAAAACCCGCAGUUAAGUGCAACACUGAAUACAAGUGCACCUGCAAGUUCUGUGGGCCUCAGCUUCCCCAUCUCUGGCUAAUGAGGACUGCAAUCUUUUGCCUCCUCCCAAACCAGUUCAGCUCAGCAAACAUUUCCUGAGCAACCUAUGAAAUGCCAGACAGAAUGCAAAGUUUUGUGACCAUGCUGCAUAGCCCGGAUUCCCAAAUCAGAGAACUCAUCAUCUAUAAUCUUUUUCCUGUCUUUUCUUUCUUCUCAAAAUAAAAAAAAAAAAAGAACUUCUACCUUUUUUCCAUAAAGGAGCAAGAAAUGAGGGGUUUAUUUGUUAAGAACUUCCAAAGAGAAACCAUUUAUCACUCUCUUAAAUUUUAAUAAUUCCAAAAUAAUAUUAGUACUGCUUGACUAGAAAAGAAAAAAGGGAACGCGCUGUAUGAAGAGAUUCUCCAAUAAUAAAUGCAAAGCAGCUGUCAAAAUAGAGAGUCAAAUGAUACUUUCAUAAAGUGUUUGCACAAUUAGAAAAUGUUAUCCUUUUUCUAGGGAGUAAAAGGACAUUUUUAUUUUCUCUAUUAAGUGAAUACAACUUCUUCAAGGGUCGGCACACUUGACGUUUUUACAACACAUAUACAGAAAGAACCAAACUAACAUUGAAACAGCCUGCAUGUUGUCUUGCAUAUUGUUUUGGAGAAGAUGAAAAGAUUUAAACAGAAUAUGCCUGUGGAUCUUUACUUUAGAAAAGAGAUACCCAAGGUGUUUGAACCACAACCAUUCCACAUGUAACAUUAUAAUAAUGUGUCUGUAAGAUGAUUUUAUAAAUAUUAAAUGUAAUACUGUGUAAUAGGACAUUUUACAU